AUGAACGGUCCCAAGAUCAGCGACAACGACACCGUUGAGUGUGGUGCCGAAGCUGCAAAGCACUUCCUUUUUGCGGAUGGAUGGCGGAAUCUCAACCAUGGCUCCUUCGGCACCUACCCAAAAGCCAUUCGAGACGUGCAACGACAAUUCCAAGACGAUGUCGAAGCCCGACCAGACGCCUGGCUCCGUCACAUCUACCCAGACCUCUUGGAUAAGGCACGAGAAGCCGUCGCAGAGUACCUCCACGCACCCACACCAACGAUCGUUUUCAUCCCCAACGCGAGUACAGGCGUCAACACAGUGCUUCGAAACCUGGUGUUCGAGCAGAACGAUGUCAUUAUCUAUGCUGCUACGACCUAUGGAGCAUGCGAACUAACGAUCGACUACAUCGUCGAAACGACACCCGCCGAGAAGGAAAAGGUAGAUUACACUCUACCCUGCCCCGACGAGGAUCUCGUCGCCGCCUUCUCGAACAAAAUCACGGCCCUCAAACAAGCCGGCAAGAACGUCCGCGUCGCAGUCUUCGACACCAUAGUCUCAAUGCCCGGCUACCGUCUCCCCUUCGAACGCCUCACAGCCCUCUGUCGCGAACAAGGAGUCCUCUCCUGCAUCGACGGCGCCCACGGCAUAGGUCACAUCUCGCUCGACCUCACAACCCUCGACCCGGACUUCUUCUUCUCCAACGUCCACAAGUGGCUCUACGUGCCCCGCCCCUGCGCCAUCCUCUACGUGCCCGAGCGGCAUCAGCAUCUGAUGCGGAGUACGAUCCCGACAUCCCAUGGUUUCGUGCCGAAGGGGAGGGAUGAUCAGGUGUCUCCGUUGCCGCCGAGUAAGCAUUCGGGAUUUGUGCAUAGCUUUGAGUUUGUGGCGAGUGUGGAUAAUAGUCCUUAUCUUUGCUUUAAGCCGGCGCUGGAGUGGAGGGGUAGGGUAGUGUGGGAGGGGGGAAAGGGAGAGGAGGCGAUCUAUGGUUAUUGUGUGCAGCAGGCUAGGGAGGCAGGGAGGUCCGUGGCGAAAGUGCUUGGGACGCGGUGUAUGGGCGAAGAAGGGGAUGAGGCGAGGAAGUGUGCUUUUGUGAAUGUCAGGCUGCCGCUCGACUUUCAGAAAGAUGCUGGUGGUGAUAAGGGGAGGGCGAUCAGGAUGGCGCAGUGGAUGUCGGAGAGGCUGGUGGAGGAGAAGAACACGUUUAUUGCGUUCUUCUUCUAUGCUGAUGCGUGGUGGGUGAGGUUGAGUGGCCAGAUAUAUCUUACCAUGGACGACUUUAAGUGGGGUGGCGAGGUGUUGAAGGAUGUCUGCGAGAGAGCGAAGCGUGGUGAGUGGGAGAGGAAGUAA